AUGUUCUCCAAGACCUCCCUCCUGACCCUCCUGGCCCUAGCCUCAGCCACCGUUCAGGGCUCUCCCAUCCAAAAACGCGCCGUGGUUGCGCACGACGCUGUCGCUCCCUUCGCCGAGGCCGUCCCCAACGACGCCACGGGCAACGCGUACAAGAAGUUCGAGCCGUAUCUGCACAUCGCGCACGGCUGUCAGUCGUACCCGGCUGUCGCGGCCAACGGGGAUACCAGCGGUGGCCUGAAAAACACCGGCAGCGCCCCAGGUGGCUGUCGCGACCAGGGCAAAGGACAGACGUACGUGCGCGGCGGCUGGCUGAACGACCGCUACGGCAUCAUGUACUCCUGGUACAUGCCCAAGGACAUGCCGACCAGCGGCGUGUCGGCGGGUGCCCACCGCCACGACUGGGAGAACGUCGUGGUCUGGGUGAACGACCCGGCCGAGGCGAACCCGACUCUCCUGGGCGCCGCGGCCUCGGGACAUGGCAGCUACAAGAAGACGACGAGUCCGCAGCGCGAGGGCGAGCGGCCCAAGGUCGAGUACUUCACCUCGUUCCCGACCAACCACGAGUUGCAGUUCACGAACACGCUGGGUCGCGAUCUGGCGCUCAUUGCGUGGGAAUCGAUGCCCGAGGCGGCGCGAAAGGGACUGGAGGAGGCGGAAUUUGGCAAGGCGACGGUGCCGUUCAAGGACUCGACAUUCCAGGGGAAUCUGGAGAAGGCGGCCAUCUAA